CCUGGAUGCAGCCUCAGGUCGAGGAUCCCCGGUUACGCAAUCACUACAACAUGAUCGUGUUCGACACGCGCAUAACUGGCAAGUCGCGUUGUCGAUACAGUGGCAAGCAUGACCUCUGGGUCACUGCUGCUGAUCUUGCACACGCAUUCUACCACCUUCGUCUGCCACCAGCGCACAUCUUCGCGCCUGACCUUUAUUCCAUGGCAGCCCUUAGAUUUGCAGCCUUAUUUCCGGAACUUUGCCUUAGCUUGACACUUUGCAACGUGCCUCCUCCAACAGAAGUCAAAACAGUUUUUGACUCGAUGGAGGAGCUUAACCACAUGUGGGGCUUUGCAGAGGACCUCGAAUCAUACGAGUACGCGUGCAAGGAGUUCCUCAAUUUUUUCGGAGGCACGCAUGCACCCCCAGAUCUCCAGGACGAGAUUGUCGCCUUCUGGGAAUCAUAUUAUCCGCCCUUCCGACGCUCUUACUCGAUGGCGGUCAUGAACCUGUUUCUUAACAGGACGCCGAUGACCGCAAAGGAGCUGGCAUCAAUAAUUUGCCCUGUCGUGAUUAUACAAGCCGAGAAAAGCCUCGCGCAUCCGUUUCGUUAUGCCGAGCAGCUGCAGCGUGAGCUGACCGGGGUUCUUGACGCUGCAAAGGUCAUCAAGUCGCACGGAACGAACGCAGGCUACCUCUCCGUGGUCGUCGCAAGCGUCGUGAACAAAUCUCUUGCCAACUUUUUGGCAAUCCAGCCACGGCCGGAUCCCGUGCAAAAUGCAGAAACAUAUAAUCGGCCCCUCUGGGAGUUUAUGCUGGCGGGGCUGCAAAGGCUCGCUGACAUGAAGGGCGACCCCACAAUUGCGAACCGGGACCCGCUGUCCCCUCUUUCGUUCUCUUGCGUCUCGCCAGAUACGCAAAAGAGCCAGGAAGAGAUGGUGGCCAAGUACAUCAGCGGUCAGCAGGCGGCGUUCUCCCCGCUUGGCCCAGACGGACGGCCGAUGAGAAGAUUUUCUGAGCGGCAGAAUCACUGGCUUGAGCCGGGCAGAGAUGGUUUCUCGAGGUCCGAACUAUCGAAGAGGGUAAACGACGUCGGGAUGAAAAGAAGGCUAAAGGUGUUAUGGAGCGACUCUGACAGGGACGCCAAGCGGAACCUCACGUCCGACAGCGGCGGGAGUCUGCCGACGUCUAUUCCGCUUGGCGAAGAGAUCGUCACGCUCGAGGACCAGCAGAUCGCGCGUGUGCUGCGGGCGAACGUCAUCACGCCGACGGUCGACAAGCAAGUGCUCAAGGGCGCUGCGGCCAAGCUAAGCCAAUCGCCCGGCCAGACUUUGCGUUCCUUCAUCCGCUCCUGAGAUACCCGCAUUCUGCGCCACCACCUCGCCUUCGUAGACUCUUACUCUCGAUUCUCUCGCAACUCUCAUCUCGUCGUCAACUGCUCUUCUCGCACAACUCAUUGUCUAUGCCUACCACCACCGCCUGACAGUGUCAAUGCUCCCCUCAAUCUGGUCAUAAUCUGUAAGAUCUGCCUAGUUUUACAUCGGUGCUUCGGGGUUCAAGCCAACCGAAACCUCCGUCUAUUUUACACGUAUCUACACGCGACACCCAUACCGUGGACCCGCAUUGUAGCUUCUAGCAU